AUGUUGGAUCUGAGCGAUCGCUGCAGUGAACGGAGGGCUCGCGGGGAGCGGAGCCAACAUGGCCGCUGUUUCACUUCCGUCCAGAUUAUAGGAAAAUCACUCCCCGAGCGCUCACUGAUCACUGAAGAUAUGGCCACCAAACCCUUCAGCCCAAAUGAGGUGCAGAGGAUCAUCCAGACUCUGCACAGACCAGCCGUGUUCCUCAACAUGACUGAUGACUGGCCGGGACGAGAUUGGACUCUGGAGCAUUUGGCAAUUUGUCUAGGAGAGAAGUCUGUGUAUUUUCGUAUUGGAAAACGAGAUGAGGGACACGGUCCUCUUUUUGAAACGCAGUGCUCUUACGUCGAAGCAACGCUUGCAGAGUUUUUGUGUUGGACUAAAGGAAAAAGUGACUCAUCUGUUGGCCCAUUUUCUUCCUACCCCCUUUCAGAGUACUGGGCUUAUGCUGAUUAUAAGUACAUUGUCCUGCUUUUUCAGGAAAAAGCCACAAUGUUUAAGGAUGUGGUGUGGUCAGACUUCGGCUACUCUGGUCGUGAUGGACGAGAGAGCACUCUUUGGAUCGGGACUAAUGGUGCUAAUACUCCUUGUCACCUUGACACCUAUGGCUAUAACCUUGUCUUUCAAAUCCAAGGCAGAAAACGAUGGCAUCUCUUCCCCCCUGACGAUGCUGACUGUCUGUACCCAACACGCAUUCCAUACGAGGAGUCCAGUGUGUUCAGCCGGGUCAGCAUCAUUAAACCUGAUCUGUGCCAGUUUCCUGCUUUCAGGAGAGCCAGAGCCCAUGUUGCGACUCUGCAACCAGGUCAGGUGCUGUUCGUCCCGAGACACUGGUGGCACUAUGUGGAGUCCGUGGAUCCAGUAACGGUCAGCGUGAACUCGUGGAUGGACAUGGAGAUCGAUGAUGAAGCCAGAGUAGGAGAGGCUCUCACAAAGAUCGUGGUUUCUGCCCUAAAGACGACGGCAAGCCUCGACAACAAGGACAACUGGCUCAACCCCACUGAGGAAGGGAUCUCUUCACACGACGAGAACAUAAAGUGUUUGAAUCUGGCAGUGAAGGCUUUAAUGGAUAAAAGAAGCACACAAGCUGAAGACAGCUCAGAAUUUGCAGGCCGAUCCGGCAGCGCCGCUCUGAAACGGGACGCCGCGGGCCGAUUGAAGACCAAAGCCACUGACCCCGUCCCUCCUUUCCCUCUUCCCUUCGGACCUCACCUUAUUCCAGUCACGUGUGACGGAGACUGCUGUCAGAAACAAACAGCUUCAAGCCUGAAAGAGACUCUCUUGUCUAAAGACAAUGCACACUUUUCUACUCCAAACAGAACAGAGCCCCAGCCCACAGAUACACAUCAGCAAGGAGAGGCAGCCAGCAUAUCAGAAGAGCUUAAAGAAAACGAUAGAAGAAAUGGAGAGAAGUACGGCAGUAUAUCCACCAAUGAUGUGCUGGACUGCCUGCUGCAUCCUGACGUCAUAAGCCUGGUUACACAACUGAUGAUUGACAGACAAAGGGAGCUUGACCCAAAAUGAGGAACGCUUCUUUUUUAAGACAGAAUUAUUUUGGUAUAUAAACAUGCUGUAACUAAUAAAGGGGGCAUAAUAAAAGGAUGACAAUUGUGUUAGGAAGUCUGGAUUUUUUUGCAGCCGAGAAAUUAUUAAUUAGAGCAGUGGUUCCCAAACCUAUGCAACCCAUAGCCCACUUAACCCACCAAUAAAUUUUCCACGGCUAUGGAAAAAUUUUAUUUGGAAUUUAAAGAAAACAAAUACAGCACAAAUAUGCUGCACACUUUUCUCGAUUUUCUCAAUCUCGAUUCUCUAGAUGGUCCAGCUCUUAUCAGCUAAGCUUCAGCCAGUAUUUUCUUAUUCAAACUGUGCGGUACGUCAUGGAAAUCUGUGCGGGAUGUAGCUUUUUAAAUCUGCCCACAGCCAUCUCCCAGUCCCAUUUCCACACCCUGGGUUGCCGAAUAAAGAAUAGAAUUCUAUAAAGAAUAGAAAAACUGGAAACUGAAAAAAACUGGAAAUGAUUAAUUUUGGAAAAAGAUGGGGAACAGAACAUAAAACUGAGAAAUUGCUACAUUUUAUUGAAGCAUUUUAAGGCAAAAAAAGAGCAACCGUGUCCAACAUUAACCGAUUUAUCUAAACUUGUUUAGAAAAAUUAAGAAUAAACAAGCGGAUUGGGUUAUAAAACACAUAUUAAACACAAAAUAAGUCUCUGAAUGAUACUCUCUUCACAUUGUUGGUGGUGGCUAUAAAACAUACAUACAUACACACACACACACACUUUAGAAAUACUUAUGAGGUAAAAAUUAUUGUAAAAAGAAAAAGUGGCUCAAAUUGUCUGAAUUGAUAACGACUAUGUUUACAUACUUCAAAAUAUUAAAAGUUAAAUAUAUCAAUAAAAAAUCUGCUAAGGAUUUAGAUUUAAUAAUCUACACAGUACCUAAUGUUUUUACAAAAUGUCCCUUUAUGAUUUUUUUUUUUUU